GCGAUUGUGCCGGUGGUGUGCGCUAUUCCGUGACUGUUAGGUAGAUAUCUACGUCUGUUUGUAGGCCGACGCCGUCUUUUACGAUUCCUACUGGUGUUUAUUGGGCAAGAGCUCCUUCUCUUUUAAAAGUGUACCAAAUGGAGCUGAGCCAGGACCUGGAGGAGGUGCGCCAGCUGCUGGUGCAGGCACGCCGCGACAACUCGCGCCGCGUGCUGACGGCAGAGCUGGCCCGGCUAGAGGCGCUGCGGGCCGCCGAGCCGGCCGCACCCAAGCCGGCGCCCGCCGCCCACAGGGUCUACGAGACCAAGCUCUCCGACUAUGCAUGGGACCAGUCGGACAAGUUCGUCAAGUUCUACGUCAACGUGAAGAAUGUACAGACUGUGCCAGAACAAAACAUCCAGUGCACCUACACAGACAACUCCUUCACAUUGAGGAUAGAAAGCCUGGACAACAAGAACUACAACUUUGCCAUUAACAACUUACUGCACCCGAUUAACACCUCGGCCAGCAAGUUCAAGGUCAAACAAGACUCGGUGCUGGUGAUGCUGGCCAAGCGCUCGGCCGAGCACUGGUCGCACGUGACGGGCGUCGAGAAGCAGGCCGAGGAGGCGCGCACAUCCAAGCUGAGUCCCGGUGGCGCCGGCAAGGAGGAGGCGGCCGGCGCCGACCCGGCCGCCGGCAUCAUGGACCUGAUGAAGAAGAUGUACGACGACGGCGACGACGAGAUGAAGCGCACGAUCAUGAAGGCCUGGUCGGAGAGCCGCGACAAGCAGAUGACUGACGGCGGCGGCAUGCUCUGAGGCGGCGGCGACGCGUCCUGUCGCCUGCGGGACCGGCUGACGUAGGCCUGAUCGGGGCUGGGGCGUCCAGUCCGGGCCGCUCAGGCGGAACCCUCCUGCUUUGUACGCUGUGGACUCGAGACGAGUGAAGGCGGGCGCGGUGACGGCGCGCGUUCACCCGCUGG